AACCCAGUGCGACUUGCGAGUUCACGAAUUCAGUUUGUUCCCAGCGGUCGUAGGCAGCGCACGUAAUUUUCGCGUCCAUCGGAACUUUUCGUAAGUUGAAUCAUGUUGCGUUGCGUUCUGGCCGUACUGGCUCUGGCCGGGACCACGUUGGCCGGCUCCGAGGUCACCGAACUGAAAGUCGACGUCGUCAGCCUUCCGGAAGAAUGCACGGUCAAGUCCAAACAUGGCGACAUGCUGACCAUGCACUACACGGGCACGCUGGACGAUGGACACAAAUUCGACUCGAGUUACGACCGCGAGCAGCCCUUCACUUUCCAGAUAGGCGUUGGGCAAGUGAUCAAAGGAUGGGACCAAGGACUCCUCGAUAUGUGCGUUGGUGAGAAACGUAAACUGACGAUCCCAUCUUCGCUCGGCUACGGCGAGCGUGGGGCCGGUAACGUAAUCCCUCCCCAUGCGACCCUCCACUUCGACGUGGAGCUCAUCAACAUCGGCGACUCGCCCCCAACCACCAACGUAUUCAAGGAAAUAGACGCCGACAAGGACAACAUGCUGUCCCGCGAAGAAGUGAGCGACUACUUGAAGAAGCAAAUGGUACCAUCAGACGGUGGUGAAAUCAGCGAAGACGUGAAACAAAUGCUGGAGAGCCACGACAAGUUGGUAGAAGAGAUCUUCCAACACGAAGACAAAGACAAGAAUGGUUUCAUCAGCCACGAAGAGUUCUCUGGUCCAAAACAUGACGAACUCUAAGUUACAGUCGAACAUAGUACAUAGUGAUUUUAGUGUUUUUACAAGACGUGCACGUUGUUGUAUUUUGAAAUUUUAUAUUUAUUUUAAUGUAAUAUUUUAUAUUGAGUUAGUACUUAUUUUAGUACUUUAUUGGAAUUGCUCAAUAAUUCUGAAAGCGCAUUUUAUGAUUGUUUUUGUACUUGUAUUUAUGUUGUUAUGUAUCAUAUAUCAUUUUAUAUUUUUAUUUCGUUAGUUAAAAAGCCUGAGUUUACAUAUACUUAAUAUUUAUCAUUACCCAAAUUACCCGUAUUUUUUCAACGUUAUAAUUUUUGGUAAGUACCAAUCUAAGUAGUAAUUAGACCAAUAUAAUAUUAUACCUUGCAUAAUGUAUAUCUGUUGUAGCAACCAUGAAUGUAAGUCACUAAAAUUACAUAGUGUAAUUGAUAUUAAAAUAUCUGUAUAUUAUGCUAAAUGUAUGUAUCCACUAGGCAUUAUAUCUAUUGUACCUAAUUUAUCUACUUUUAAGUAGUCUAAGUAAGGUAAAUAAUCAUAAGGAAACCUUUUUGUAAGCGUAGUUCUAAUGUCUGUAUGUACUAUUUGUAUCAACUUUUCCAAAUUUCCAACCAUGUACAAGAGAAUAAUAUGAUUUAUGAUAGUAUGCUUUCACACUUAGCAAGAUUUGAGAACACCGUUAUUAUGAUAAGGAGGCAAAAUAAAUUGUUAGACAUGUAUGCCACCUUUUAAAUUUUAAUAAACUAUUAAUAAAAUACUA